AUGACCACUGAUACAUUGUCACAAUUUCGAAGACUCAUAGUACCAUGUGGGAUUAUCUUGGGGUUAGCAUAUCUUAAUUUUGCAUUAAAUUACUCAUUAGGGUACCAAGAAGUUUUUGUUCACCAUUCACAGGGAGUUGCAAUAACACUAUGGUGCUUAUCGGGAUUUCUCCAAGUCUUGGUUUCCACAUACUGGUGUUUAAUACUAUACAUUGGACCUGGGAGAUCUCCACAAUUUCCACUUUUUGACAUCUACCUGGAAGGUAAACAAGAUCUUUUACCGUUGCCCGAUUUAUUCUUUUGUGAUGAGUAUGGAUUCCCAUUUUAUGACUCCAAAACUCAAUCCUUGCGUAUGGAGCGAUCGUUUUACUCCAAGUAUGUUGGAUACAACGUAUUGAAGUUUGAUCAUUUUUGUCUUUGGAUUGGAAGCAGCAUCGGAUUGACAAAUUAUUUAUACUUUAUGAAAUUCUGCAUCUGGUUCUUGAGCUUCUUCAUCAUCAUGUUGGUUUAUGUGAGUCGUUACACCAGACUGUCAAUUAAUCGGGGUGAAAUCAAUCACAAUUUCAUUUUGUUGUACAUUAUGAGUGGAUUUUGGAUAUUUUGCAUUAGUGCGCUAUUCAUUUCACAUGUUGUUUAUGUCUGCAGUAAUAUGACCACUUUGGAAGAUAUUUCAGCCAAGCAGAAAGCCAGGUACCAGCGAUGGAAAGAUCGGCAAAGAAAGGAGGAGGCAAAUGGUGGAGGAUUAAAUUGUUUAGCGCCAAAACAACCGAGGAAAGAGAAUGGGAAAAGAUAUGUAAGUGUUAAAAAGGACGACAUUAGGUUGGUGAUUGAGUUUGACGUUACUGAACGUCCUUUCAAUAUGGGGUGGAAAAAGAACUGGAUAAAUUUAGUGCUUAAUGGUAAUAGAACUCAGGGAAGGGGAGAGGAAUACUAUACAACUGCAAGGUUUAUGGAGGCAAUGGUUGUAUUUUUUGUACCUUUUGCUGAAAUCCCAUUUGAACUACAUCGAAAUAGGACACUUUUAGACUUGGAGAAAGAUCACAAAGGCAUCGAAAGAAAGAUUGUGGAAUUCAAUUUUUAUUCAAACGAAGUUAGCCCAGUGUUUUUAAAUAUGAUAGAAGAUAAGAUUGAACGGAAGGAAUGUUAUAUACCAAGUUACUUUGUGGCAAUGACUGCACUGAAGUGA